AUGGCACCCCUGAUUCUCCUCUUGACCCUCUCACUCCUCCAGCCGCCCCCCUCUGCCGCAAACCUCCACAAAACCGCCGCCUUCCGCUCCCACUCCUCCUCCGCCGCCGCUGAGGCUCCCACCACUUACUUUGAAGUCACAAGGCCAAUCCCUCUCCCCAGUACUGAACCAUGCUCUCACUCUAUCCUCCAUAAUCAAGAAUUCGCCAACACCUACUCCAAACCACCCAUUCUUGUCAAAUACACUCCAAAAUGCCGAGACUUGGGGAAAGUUGUUCUCGAAUGGACCGCCACUUGCAGAGGGCGGCAGUUCGACAGAAUCUUCGGCAUCUGGCUCGGCGGCGUUGAGCUCCUCCGAAGCUGCACCGCCGAGCCCACCCCUGCCGGCAUUGUCUGGACCGUUAAGAAAGAUGUCACGAGGUACCGUUCCUUGUUCCUCAAGGAACAAAACGUGUCGGUUUAUAUGGGAAACCUCGUUGACACGACGUAUACCGGAAUUUACCAUGUUAACCUCACCUUCCAUUUCUACCCCUCAACCGGAAACCACCUCGAUGUUAGCAGAGCUCCGGCGGAAUUGAUACUCCCCAUUUCUAGAGCUCCGCCGUUGAACGGUGGGGCAUGGUUCGAGAUCCGGAACUCGACAGAUGUACAAGGAAAAGAGCUAAGGAUCCCGAACAACGCUUACAGAGCGGUGAUGGAGGUUUAUGUUUCCUUCCACGAAAACGAUGAGUUUUGGUACUCAAACUUCCCGAACGAAUACAUCUCCGUUAACAACCUCACGGGCGUCCCCGGGAACGGUCCGUUCCGCGAGGUUGUCGUGCGUCUUGACGACGCUGUGGCAGGGGCGGUGUGGCCUUUCACGGUGAUCUACACCGGCGGCGUCAAUCCAUUUUUUUGGAGACCGGUUUCCGCGAUCGGUUCGUUCAAUCUACCGACUUACGACAUCGAAAUCACUCCCUUUCUCGGGAAAUUGCUGGAUUCGAAGCCUCACUCGUUCGGAUUCAGCGUCACCAACGGUUUAAACGUUUGGUUUGUGGAUGCGAAUCUGCAUCUAUGGCUAGACAGCGAGUGGGAGAGGACGAGCGGAGAGGUGCUGGAACACACCGACUCGUCCUCUUCGAUAAAAUCUAGGGUUUCUAGUUCCGAGGGAAAGUUCAGUGCGAAAUUCAGCAGAUCGGUGGCGGCGAGAGGGCGCGUGGAGUCGUCUCGCGGCGUGAUCACGACGGAAUCGAGGCAGGAGCUGAGGUACAAGAAUAAAAUGGAGUUGAGAAAGGGAGGGGGUUUCCAGGUGUUGGAACAGGUGAUCAAAGUGAGGGGGUAUGUGGAGGCGGUGACGGCGUCCGGGGCGGUUUUCUCCUGCGGUUCUUCGCGGUCGAAGAUGGGCGUGCGCCUCUACUCGGAGGCAAACGAGGACAGUUUCAAGGGUAAUGUGAAGUUGGUUUUGGAUGAGAUAUGGCGGGAGAGGUCGGAGUUUGGGAGUAGGUUUGAGAGGUUGAAGAAUUCGCAGAGUGCGGGUGGUUAUUUAGUGGUGGAGAACAAAUCACUGCGUGGUUUGGGAAGGACUGAGCAAGAUUAUAGAUAUCAUGGUGAUGAUUAUUGCUAUUUUAGGAAGAUCAGAAGCGCCAACUACACUAUUUUACAUGACAAGGAGAGUUCCAACUGCAAACCCAUCUGA